AUGGCCACGCCAGAGUCUGGCCCGAUGCCUCAUCCAGCAGAAGUUCCACCGACCAUACCGUAUCUAGACAAUCUACCGGUAGAAUUGGUCGAAUUCAUAUGCUCUGCGAUCCUUGCGGAUAAGAAGAGCAUCGCCAAGCCCGUCGAUCCUCGGGAAUUUACGCAAUGCUCAAAAACACUUGCAAGACUGUCACGUACCUCCAAGCGCUAUCGUCGAAUCGCACAUCCAUAUCUCUACUCGGAAGUCAACAUUUGCGAGAAUGACAAGACUUGGCUACCUUGCUUCCUGGUCUUUCUGUGGCGUAGGCCAGACCUACGGCCUCUGUUCAAGGAGAUCAACAUCCCGUGUCUGCCAAGGGCUUUUUCAGUCGAUCCAGACACCACGGGCCCCAUACUCGAUGAGAUAUCCUCCCACUUCCGUCUCUCCCCUAUGUUUUCGUGGAAUCCGAAAGCUUGCCGCCAAGAAUGCAGCGAGAAUCGUGAACCCUGCGAUCACUUCAAGCGACUGCUGGUUCUCUUGGCCUUUCUGACACCAAAUGUGACUCGCUGGAGCAUGGUGCCGCAUCACAACUUUUGGUUCAACGAGUUAGCUGAGGCGACAUGGAGAACAUCAUACGUCCAGAAGGUAGCUCCAUCUGACCCUCGGGCACUCACGUCUCUGCAACACCUGUGGGUGCCUGGAGCACAGCCAUUCCCUGUCUCGACAGACCUCUCCGCCCAGGAAUCAGGGCUUCAACUAGCCGGGUGGCUCGUCCCAAGUCUUCGAACUUUACGACUACGCAAUGCAGGCAUAUAUCGCCCACUUAAUAGAGGUGUUAGGCUCACCAACAUGAGAGAAAUAGUCAUAGAUUUCGGUCUUCUAACGGAGGGCGGCUUAUUGAGUCUGGUUGGCGCGUGCAAAGUCUUGGAGAGCUUCUACUUUUACUCUAGAGGAAACUCCCCUGUUUUCCCCAACGGUUUCGGUGACAGAUCAUUGCGUGAGAACCAUCCUUUUGAGUUCCUGCCACGACAUAUUGUUCCUGCAUUCAGUCACUUGAAAGGCACUCUUCGGCACCUCGCCAUCAAUCGGUGGGAUGGUGCUCGAGGAGAGACUGACCACAAUAUCAACAUCCACAUCGACAAUGAGGCCCUUUAUGCGACCUCGCCUGCAUGGAGAGGAAGCGUAGUGGACAGGACGAUGGGCAGUUUCAAGGACUUUAGGGUCUUGGAAACUCUGAAGCUUGACUCUACAUGUUUACAUCACGUCAGAGUUGGGCCUCGCAGACCCCGCAUAGACCUCCCAGGGGACCAUCUCACAAGCCGUCUGCCCCCAUCCCUGCGCCAUCUCGUUCUUCCUGGCGCUCCCCCUCAGAUGAUCCCAGCACUUCAUGCACUGGCCUCAAGCGCAGCCUCCGAGUUCCCGUCUCUGAGACUGGUUGAAGCAACGGCCGCCGCAAGGGAUGUUCGCAAACGAGAAACAUCGUGGCGCAAGUAUAGUGGCCCCAGGUUGAUGAGAGAUAAGUACUCCAAGUUCAUAAAACCCGAUGACUGGAACUCUCUCGAAGAGAAGUUUGCGGAUGCUGGAGUUCAACUCACACACAUCAACUCUGGCAAUACCAGCUGCUUCGCAAGAGAUGUUCUCGAAAACGCCGGCCUCAUUGGGCCUGAAUCAGAAGAGGUGUACGCUGGCCCCCAAACCUUCCUUGGGUCAAUUUUAUUUUGCUGA